AUGCACCAACUUGUGCUGAAAUAUAAAGAUAAUUGCAGUGAUAUAUUCUUAAGUAGAAUCAAUUUGAGUGAUAAAAUCAUAAGUAAAAUUGAGAUUGAGACCAGAGACCAGUACAAAAAUAGCCUUUGGUAUGAAUUAAGAUAUGGUCGGAUUACAGCAUCUAGGGCUUAUGAAGUCAGCCGGUGCCAAAAAGGUAAUGGAACACUGAUAUCUCUCAUCAUGGGAGGGAAAAUCCCAGACACAAGAGCCAUGAAACGGGGUAGAAGUUUAGAGGAUGAAGUACGGAAAACAGUUGGUGUAAAACUGGGGAAAAAGAUUAAAGCUUGUGGACUCAUAAUAUCCAAAAACUAUCCAAUGAUAGCUGGUUCACCUGAUGGGAUAUGUGAAGAUAAUAUUAUUGAGAUUAAGUGCCCCAUAAGCGAAAAAACUUAUAUUAAAUAUAUAAAAAAUGGUAAACCCAGUAACAAAUGCUAUGCCCAGAUGCAGAUACAAAUGUUCUUUUCUUAUUCUUCUCAACACACUUAA